UGAGACUACAUUUGUGCAUGGGAGUAUGAACUAUUGAAUUUCCACCCUGAAUAUUAAAUAACAACAGCCAUUGUUGAAAAUACUCGGUGUGUAUGAGCAAGUCUAUUGAUAUCAACCAGGAAGUAACAAUGAGGGUGUGCCUUACACCUGAAGAAGAGAGAUCCGAGGAAGGGUUGUGUUUUAGAAGCAGGAACAGUCUGAAGCUGGUCAUACGUUCUGAAAAUGGAAUAACCAAACAUUGACGUGCGUGGAUUUUCACAACACCAUGACGACCGAAUCAUACGGAGAUGCUGUUGAACUGCGUACUUCUCCCAUCAGAGACCCAGCUGAUUGCGGAUCAGUUCGUGAUUCCGAAACUUAUUGCCAUGCGGUACAGUUAAAUUUCAGGGACUCGGCCUUGCCAGAUGUGGUCACCGGGAACAAUGUCUGUGAUGAAAAGCCCGAUGAUCCCUAUGACACUAUUGGGCAGGUUGGGACGCUACCAAAGACCAAAGAUGUCAGUUGUGUGAUGCCAGAUGACAUAUUGCGGAGCAGCAGCGAUAAGAAGGGAUGCACUGUGCCACCAUCGACAGGAUCCGACAGCGACAUGGCAAGCAGUCAGUCUUUGGCAUCCUAUGCUACCUGGAAUCAGUUAUCUCCUACGAACCAAGGCCCUCCUUCUGGCUCGACACCAGGAUGGUGCUCCUUCAAACGGGUGAUGAUCAUUGGAAUAGUCCUACUGAUUAUAGUUCUUGUGUCUAGCUUGGCAGUCACCAGCGCACUUCUACUCGCCAAAAAAGCAGGACAAACUGGGGCAUCGCCUGUUACACCACCAUCGUCAACCAAGGCAACAUCAACGGUAGUCUCCACAUCAACACCUACAACUGUCCCCUCAACUUCAACGACUACAACCUCUCUCUCAACUUCAACACCCUCCGCCCCCACCCCCUCUUCACCAUCUUCCGCCUCUGUCUCGCCUUCAACAUCUUCCACCUCUCUCUCGCCGUCAACGACUACCACCUCUAUCUCGCCGUCAACGACUACCAUCUCUGACUCGCCUUCAACGACUACCAUCACUCCCUCCACUUCAGUGACUCCUCCCACUAUAGCUAAUACAACGAAUGCCACUACAAGCUCGAUAACGCCAAGAUCUAGUACUGCCUCAACGUCUCUAUCUCCACCUACAUCAACGACUACGACAACUACACUCUGCAAAUCCUCCCGCAAGUGUCAUUCCUGUAACUCAAGAAAUGUACGAUGUCCGGUGAACGGCAGCCUGGCUGGGACUGACCCCGGUGAAGUAAUGCCCUGUCCAUGUGGUACCGCCUGCUUCUCUGAUGUUAAUCAUGGUGAUAGUAACAUUGUUCACCGAGGGUGCACGAAGGAGUACCCAGCUUGGGAUAGAGCAUCUUCCAACAAUCUGUCGUGUCAAGCUGUAGGGGGUGAUCACUUCCUGUGUUUCUGUCUUGGCGAUCGGUGCAAUACAGACAACAUGACGUCAUAUAUUCCCUGAAAUACGUCAAUGAUGUAUGUCGUAUGUGAAAGCAUAUAACCUUUUAUGAACUUUAGAAUCCGCUGUAUUGGGAUUAUGUCAAUAUCAAAACUUUGAUCUGAUCUGAUACUGAUUUGACGCUCAGUUGACAUGGUUUUAGAUAUAAGUUCUAGGGUAGCCGCCGCGUCCUUGUCCUCGUAUACAUGGACUGCAUAUGUAUCAACAUCCAUGUCUGUGUCUACACCCACGUCUACACACUACAUUCACGUUCACAUCAGCAUUUACAUCUACAUCUACACCCACGUCCUCGUCCAAAUCUACAUCUACAAUCACAUUCAUGUCAACAGCCAAAUCCAUAGCCACAUCCAAAUUCUUAUUAACAUUAACAUCAACUACUACCCCUACCCACAUUACCAUCUACAUCCGCAACCAUUAACUGGACAAUGUCGUGUUCCACAUCAACCUCCACGUUCACAUCCCCAUUUCCGUCUACGUCGUCAUUCACAUCAACGACCAUGUGCUCCUUCACACCCACACGUGUGCCCUCUGUUUUCAGCAACAUCCAAAGCCACGGCGUCAUCAACACUCGCACAGCUUCAUCCACAUCUGCAUUUUACAUCACAUCAACAACCGUACCCAAAAAUAACAUCCACACUCACAUCCUAAAACAAGACCACAACAAUAGAGUAACAAUGAUUAACAGUUCAAACAUUAUUACCACAACCAAAUAUGGACCCCAACAAAAUUCUGUUUUUAUAUUUAAAAUAAUAUCAGUUUAUGUAUUUUGUAUAGGUUGAUGAUUCAUUAUUUUGCGUACAGGUAAUAAUGAGCAAAUGAGUGGUUAAACGGCAUCCAUAUAUAUCCGGGUAAACAACCAUUGUUCUUUUAAUUAAUGUAAACACAUAGGUAUUAGUGGUACGCAGUAACCACAGAUGUAUGGACGGUGCGGUGUAAACACCUGUUUUGAAGAUCCCAGUGACCCUAUGGACGAUCCUUAUAUGUUUAAUAUAUAGUUUGCCUUUGCACGAAGGGCGUACUUCAUACAGAAGUAUAGAAUAUAUAGAAUAAAAUAAUGAAAUUUUUGUGCAUAUCAUAUAUCAAAAUUUUGAGAUGACCCCUGGUGCCUUCUAUUGUUUAACCAAUUAGCAUGCCUGACUGAUUUUCAUACUGGGAACAAUAGGUGGUGGCAAAGUGAGGCGAUCCCUUCAUACAGCGCCGCUGUCACCACUGCAUACAUUUGGGCCGCCCCACUCAUUCAUAUUCACUCUCACAAAGCAGGUCUCGUCUUCUCUUCUGUGUUUACCAGUAGUGCAUGUAUAUCACGAUGUAUGUAUAUCCAUUUCAAUUCAAACUGUAAAGCAUUUAAAAAAGCAACAUUCACAUUCUGCAUUCAACAUUCUGGAUGCAAAUGUACUUUACUCAAUGAACAUUAAAAAUUA